AUGGUAACUCACUUCAUUUGCAGGGUGACGACCAAGUUUUACCAGCACAUGCUGGCCUUGGUAUUUGCUGUUGAUGAGAUCAAUCAGAAUCCCAGGAUAUUGCCCAAUGUCUCUCUUGGGUUCCACAUCUAUGAUAGCUAUUUGGAUUCAAGAAUGACAUACCGAACUACUUUGGACCUGCUCUUUAAAUCACAUCACUCUCUUCCCAACUACAACUGUGUUAUCCAGAAUAAUGUAAUAGGAGUCAUUGGGGGACUUGGCUCUGAUACUACCUGGUGCAUGGCAAAUGUGCUAGGCCUUUACAAGAUUCCACAGAUUUCAAAUGGCUCAUUUGAACCACCCACAAAUGAUCAAACCAAGUUCCCUUCCUUUUACCGCAUGGUCCCCAAUGAAGGCCUUCAGUAUCAGGGAAUUAUCCAGUUACUUCUGCAUUUCAGGUGGAAAUGGGUUGGGCUCAUCACUCCAGCUAAUGAUGCUGGAGAGUGCUUCUUACAGACCAUUGAACCAAUGCUUUUCAAGAAUGGAAUCUGUUCAGAAUUCACAGAGCGAGUUGAACCAAAUAUGCGUUAUUCUGAUAACAUGGUAGAAAUGAUGGGUGAAAAAAGGGUUCUGUUACCAAAUUUCAUGAAGAGCAAAGCCAACGCAGUUCUUAUAUAUGGAGACAGUCUAUCUAUUAUAUGGUUGUCAAGUGCUAUAAAGGCAAUGGAGCUCCACUCAUUCCUGCAGAGAAUCUCAUUCAACAACAGUGCUGGGGAUGAAAUCACAUUAAAUGAACACGGAGAAUUAACAGCUGGCUUCGAUAUUACAAAUUUGGUCACUUUCCGAAAUGGAUCAUAUGUCAGGGUCAAAGUGGGGAGGUUGGAUCCUCAGGCCCCUCCUGGCAAAGAGCUCACCAUUAAUGCGGACAGAAUCAAAUGGCACAGGCGCUUCACUAAGGUGCCACCCCCUUCAAUAUGUAAUGACAUCUGCCAUUCUGGAUACGGGAAGAAAAAGAAGGAGGGGAAGAAGUUUUGCUGCUAUGAUUGUGAUCCAUGUCCAGAAGGAAUGAUCUCAAAUGAGAAAGAAAUGGAAACAUGUGUCAGUUGCCCAGCAGAUCAAUAUCCAAACAAAGACCAGAAUCUAUGCAUUCCUAAGAUACCAAACUUCUUAGCUUUUGAUGAAACGUUGGCCAUUGUUUCAGCUACCUCGGCACUUUUAUUCUCUCUGAUCACAAUUCUGGUGCUCAGCAUCUUCAUUAAGCAUCGGGAUACAGCCAUCGUCAAAGCCAACAACAGAAACCUCACCUAUAUUCUCCUCAUCUCCCUCUUCCUGUGUUUCCUCUGCUCUUUGUUGUUCAUUGGAAAACCUAAUAAGGUGACGUGCCUUCUCCGACAAAACACUUUUGGCAUUGUCUUCUCUGUGGCCCUCUCCACCAUCUUAGCCAAAACCAUACUGGUGGUUUUGGCAUUCAUGGCUACCAAACCAGGAUCCAGUAUCAGGAGAUGGGUAGGCAAAGAACUGACUUAUUCCAUAGUCUUUUCCUCCUCUAUGGUUCAAGUAGGAAUCUGUGCCUUCUGGCUUGGAGCCUCUCCUCCUUUCCCAGAUUUGGACAUGCACUCAAUGAAUGAAGAAAUUGUAGUGUUAUGUAAUGAAGGAUCAGUUCCCAUGUUCUAUUGUGUUUUGGGCUACAUGGGCUUCAUGGCCACUGUCAGUUUCACUGUGGCCUUCUUAGCCAGGAAGUUGCCUGGCAGUUUCAAUGAAGCCAAGUUCAUCACCUUCAGCAUGCUAGUCUUCUGCAGUGUUUGGUUCUCUUUUAUUCCCACAUACUUGAGCACCAGAGGGAAAUACAUGGUGGCUGUGGAGAUCUUCUCCAUCUUGGCUUCCAGUGCUGGCCUAUUGGGUUGCAUCUUUUCCCCUAAAUGCUACAUUAUUGUGGUGAGACCUGACCUGAACAACAGAGAGCAGCUGACACAAAAAAGGGUGAUGACAAAGUUGUACCAACACAUUCUGGCCUUGGUGUUUGCCAUUGAUGAGAUCAACGAGAAUCCCAAGGUGUUGCCCAAUGUCACUCUUGGGUUCCACAUCUAUGAUAGCUAUUAUGAUUCAAAGAUGACCUACCGAACAACUCUGGACCUGCUCUUUAAAUCGCGUUACUUUCUCCCCAACUACAUAUGUAGCAUCCAGAAAAAUGUAGUAGGAGUCAUUGGGGGACUUGGCUCUGAGACUUCUUUGUGCAUAGCAGACAUCUUAGGUCUUUACAAGAUUCCACAGGUCAGGUUUGUGUUCUUUUCCAUACAACAGUCAGAAAACACAGGCUUAGUUACAGUUGUGAAAGUUUGUAACUUGGUAUGGCCUGUUAGAGUCACCUGGUGUGAGCUUGGAGUCACCAGCUCAGACCUCUCUACAUGCUAA